AUGGCAGCAGGAGCAACAGCAUUCUCACCAGAGCUUCGAGCUCGUUCCGUCGCCCUGUAUCGAGGCCUACUUCGUAUCUCCCGAGCAUGGCCAAAACAAGAACGUCGACGCAUCAAGUCAGAUGAAGCCAUAAUAAAAGGAAUCAAAACAGGAUUUGCAUCGAAACCAAAAUCUGAAUCGCUACUAGCCACAGCAGUUAAAGAUGGAGAGAUGCAGCUGACUGCUCUCCGCAACAUUUUGAAUAACAAGAUUGAACAUCAGUUUCCAUUAGAUGAGACGUCACGUAUAAAGUCCUUCUUACCAUCAUCGAAAUCGUUUUCGUUGCUGGAUUCUGAAUCUCAGAAAGAAUUGGAUCGAAAGGAGGAAGGAUCAUUCACGUUUUUGAAAUCAUAUAUGAGCGGUAAACGGGAACGAGGAAUGCACGAUAAAUAG